ACUCUUUAACUUAUAUGACUACCUUUUGUUAACCUUUAUAUCCAUAAGAACAAAAUAAUGAAAGAAAGACGUUAGUCCCUGCCUAUAGUUUAUAUCAAUAUAGGUCUAGUUUCAUGGUGGGAGAGUAACUUGAUUUGUUCGUAUAAUUUUUCAGCAUGGCCAAGUAUAUUGCUAAAACAUGUCGCAAAUCUCGAAAUCGUACCCAUAUCUUUGUAGUUUAUGUUCACUUUAUUUGAAAUACAAAUAUUGCUAGCCUUUUUGGACAAUGUAAUACAUGAUACUAGAUAAAGCACAUUAUUUGCUUUGGUAUUUAUGAUGCUACGGGGAGAGCUGUUUCUAAUCUUUUUAGUCAAGUGGAACGUUACUCACUCUGCCCGUUAGGAGAAUACGAUAAAUAACCUAUUUGAUGUACUAGGCUUUAAGGAGUAUAUGUAUAAUACGUGGAUUCGGAAUUCAUUGUGGCGAAUAAACAUAGAUGGAAACUUUUUUGGAUAGCUAUUUAUUGUGACCAUGUCGACUGUUACAUUAGAUACAAAUAUCAAAUUAAAAAAUACUGGCAGCCUAGGACUUCAUUGCUGUACAAAUCCUUUCAAAUGAACAACUAACGUACAAACAAUGCGCAUCAAAGUCAGAUGCUUCCCUACUACAUCCUUCUUCUUGCCAAUAACACGCUUCAUGUGCCGCCAGAUUUUGUUCUUUCUCUCAGUCCUCCUAGUAGUACUGUUGUUGGUGUUAAUACUCAGCAAAUUUUGGAGAUAUUCAGAAUUUUCAGAAUAUGAGCAUUCUAACGUUUUUUGGCUUUGGAAAGACGUAAUUUUAUCGCCAGCUGAUUCUUUAUGGCUAGAACCAGUUCAUUUGCAGUAUCCUAAAAAUAUACGUUUUGUCAUAAACAAAUCAUUAGAAACUUCAGGUCCGUUGUCUCAUUUAUUACCACUCAGUUCAAUUCCAAAUCUACGACAAUAUAUUUCAAAUAUUAAUAAGGUGCAAUACGUAAAAAACGAAGACCUGUAUGGUCAACUACCAACAAGAGAUAAUUUCAACUCUACAAGAUCCUCUCCUCAACAUGUUAUGAUAAUACAAGUUCAUAAUAGAUCUAUAGAGUUAAGUCUGUUAAUUGAAUCGUUACGACGUACAAAAGGAAUCGAAACAGCCCUUAUUAUUUUUUCACAUGAUUUCUAUUCUGAUGAAUUGAACAAUCUUAUCGGAUCUAUUCGCUUCACUCGUACUGUUCAAAUUUUUUAUCCCCAUUCAAUGCAACUAUUUCCAAACACCUUUCCUGGUACUGAUCCAAGAGAUUGUAAUAGUAGAAUAAAACCCACUGAAGCUAUGAAUAUAGAAUGUUUAAAUGCUCGUUGGCCAGACACAUUUCAGCAUUAUCGUGAAUCACAUUUUACUCAAAUUAAGCAUCAUUGGUUGUGGAAAAUUGAAUUCGUAAUGAAUCAUUUUUAUCCAACAAAAUAUUAUAAGGGUUACUUCAUCUUAUUAGAAGAAGAUCAUUUUGUUGUAGAAGAUAUUUUAUAUAUGUCGGAAUUUAUUAGUAAAAAUGUUUGGAGUCCUUUAAAAACUGAUGGGAUUAUUGCCUUUGGAUCAUACGAUAAAAAUAACAUGUAUUUAUCCAAUGUGGUUGAACUAACUUACUGGCUUGCGCCGAAACACAAUAUGGGUAUGGCUGUAUCUCGUACUGUAUGGAAAAAUAUUGAACAAUGCUUGAAUUUAUUCUGUCUUUAUGAUGAUUAUAAUUGGGACUGGAGUCUACAGUAUAUUGGUCAAAAUUGUUUCCCAGGCAAACUGAAGGCCUUGACUCUACCUCUUUCUACUCGUGUCUUUCAUUUGGGUGAAUGCCGAGGUAUUCAUCAUCAGAAAAAUAUUUGCUCAACAGAAUCAUUGGCAAUAAAUAUUUUACACAUGUUUAAUGGACCAUUAUUGACCAAAUUAUAUCCAACGUCUCUACAUUUAUCAGAAAAAAUACAUACUGAAAAUCUUAAACAACGAGUUAAUGGUGGUUGGUCUGAUGAACGUGAUCGAAGUCUUUGCCAAAGUCUAUUUUCUAAUAAAUGGAAUAAAUUACUAACUCAAUGGGCUCCUAAAUUGAUAGAAUAUUCACCUAUUUACUAGGAAGAUUUCUUGUACUAUUCAAUUUUGUUUGUUUGUUUGUUUUUUGCCGUUUGAUCUUUCACUAUUUUUGUUACUUUUCCACUGUUGUUUGUUGGAAAAUUAAAAAGAAAACAAUCUAGAGUCUCACUUUAUUUUUCUCAUAUAAUUAACUGCUGAUAUAUAUAUUUUUUUCAAAUCUAUAUCCUUUCUCAUUUAAAUGUUCAACCGUCCUCUACCAGGAAUUUUCUAUUUGAAUAGAUAAGGUUUUUUGUUAUCUCUUAAAAUAGUCUGAGGUUUGCUCGACAUAAAUGUCUAUAUAUAAAGGGAUUGAGUUAGUAAUACUCAUACGCUUAGAUGCCCUUUGUUUGACUGUUUCUUGUUCUUUUAUAUAUUAUUGUUUCACAACAUAUGUUUGAAUUUCUUAGUUACAAGAUUUUCGUAAUUUAUUUUUUCAAUAACUUUGGUUAUCUUUCCAAUUUGUACUUCACUUAGUGCUCAGAUAAAUUGUGCUAUAAUGGAGUUCCCCGUUUUAUUUUAUAUCUUGAAAGAUAAUAGGAUAGUACCUAAAAAGGAAAUAAACUUGAACGGUAUCAAUUGAUUAAUUAUACUUAUUUUGUUUUGUUC